AGUGUCCCCACCACUCAGAAGUGGGUAGAUCCUCCCAAGAAAUCAGCCAACUUUCAGAACAGUCAGACAGACAGACAGGUUGUAAACGUGCCAACAGAGCAGUGCCCAGCAGCAGAUAACGCAGGUCCUGUGUCAGCUCUCAGAGAAGGGAAAUGGGGAACUGCCUCAACUAUGUGUGCAUUCUGCUGGUUUUCUUACUCUUCUGUUUGUGUAAAGUGUCCGUGAGCCAGUCUUGCCCAUUGGGCACGGUGCGGUGCAACAGUACAUCCCUGUGUCUCCCGGACAAGUAUCUGUGUGAUGGCGACGAGGACUGUGAGGAUGGGGAGGACGAGGUGGGGUGUGGGGGCCAACCGUCAGGCUGCGGGGAUCUGUACGAACAACAUGGAACGUCCGGCACCAUCAGCAGCAUGGGCUACCCCGUGUCCUACAGCGAUAGAGCUCACUGCCACUGGCAUAUAGUCGCGCCCCAGGGGUACUCCAUCACUCUAGAGUUCGUGAACGUCUUCGAUCUAGAGAGGCCUCGGCAUGGAGACUGCAUUUACGACAGCGUUAUGAUCUACGGGAUGGCGGCGUCAUCGCUGACACUUUUGGGUCGUUACUGCGGUGACGUCAAGCCUGGUCCUGUGAGUGUGGGCGGGAACGAGGCUGUCGUCGAGUUCCAGUCAGACGAUCAGACAACUGGGCGUGGUUUCAAUAUCACGUGGUCAGCUAAAAUCAAUCCAGCAGACACGACGUUGCCGACUACAACUAGAUCGAGCACGUCACAAUCGUCGUGUGUAUUUGAAGUCGGCGGGGACAGAGGCAGUAUAUCUUCUCCAGGGUAUGACGAAGGUAACCCAUACCCGUCGCCCUUUUCUUGCAAGUGGAAAAUCAGCGUGGAUUCAGACCACCUGAUAGCUCUUGACUUUUCUUAUCUCAACGUCGGUAUCUUCUCCUCGUCCAGAUGUCAGAACGCCUGGCUCAAGUUGUUUGAUGGGCCCGACACGAACCACCCCUUACUCGGUCAAUUCUGUGACGCCAUAAUACCGGGAGAACUCUUGUCCACUUCGAAUAACGUGACGGUGGAGUUUUGGGUGGGUAAUAACGACAACAAUAAACGAGGUUUCAAGUUAACUUACGUAGCCUUUGAGAAUCCUGAAAAGGGCCCAUCUACGACUUUAGGCCCAACACCCCCGGGGUGUGAUGGUAACCCGCUAAAGGUUACUUCGCCGUCAGGGUUUAUAACAUCCCCGAAUUUUGAUAGUGACGAAACUUACAGAAGCAGUCUUGACUGUGAAUGGACUCUACAGGGAGAACCUGGCACCGUCUUUUAUUUUCACUUUUUAACUUUUGAUCUCGAGCAGUCAAGCUCAUGCGACUUUGACUAUUUAAACAUAUUCGAUGUAAUUCCUUCAAACAACACUGUGAACGCAAGUACCACAAGCCUGGUGAAUAUAACAGCUUCAUAUAGCAGUGAAAACAUGACUAGCCUUCAUCAGAUAGAGACACUGUGUGGCUUUUCUUUGCCUUACGAUAUCGUGACUGGUAGUAACCACGUCGUCUUUCGGUUCCACUCCGAUGACCAAGUCGAAGGGUCCGGUUUUAAUAUCAGUUACGAAACAAAACCACCUCCAAUCCAGUGUCCGUCGGGUCAGUUUCUGUGCGGGAGUGACGAGUGUGUAGACCUAGCCUUGGUCUGUGACGAAGUCUCUCAGUGUAUGGACGGGACGGACGAGCUGGUCUGCCCGUCAUCCAAACAGACGUGUGGCGUGUCCACGAUCCCACCUUCUCUGAACAACGACAGAAUCGUGGGCGGGAAGGAGUCGGUCGACGGGGCCUGGCCCUGGACCCUGUCUGUUUUGAAAGACGACAGCCACCAAUGUGGUGCAACCCUCAUCCUGCCCGGGUGGGCGUUGUGCGCGGCUCACUGUUUCGAAAAAGUGUACGACCGGAAGUACGAUCACUACUCCCUGAUAGCGGCGCGUCACCAGCUCGGGGUUCCCAGUCGGCACGAGCAGAGGCGGUACUUUGCAGACGUCAUCAUACCACGUGACUACGUGAGCCAGACGUCGUACCACGAUAUCGCUCUGAUCAAGCUGACGCAACCUUUCAACUACACGGACUACGUGGGCCCUGCUUGUCUGCCCAACGCGACAGCCCCGGUGGGGACAAAAUGCUACGUCACCGGAUGGGGAGACACGGCUGGUACCUGCUGUCAGGACCUGCUGAAACAAGCCGCGGUGCCCGUCAUGAACACAAGCCUGUGUUCCCAGCCGGACUACUACGGGUCCCGUGUGAAGGAAGGCAUGAUGUGUGCGGGCUACCCACAGGGGGGCGUGGACGCGUGUGAGGGUGACUCGGGGGGCCCGCUCGUGUGUCCCACACCUGGCCAGUCCACUCGCUGGGAGAUACAGGGCAUCACGUCUUGGGGACUCUUCUGUGCUUUCCCCAAGAACCCCGGGGUCUACACGAUCGUUCGAGAUUACCUGCCGUGGAUCCAGCAAAACGUUGCUCGAAACUCCGACUAGACGAGUGAUCAGUGUCUCUGUGAUCUUGAACAUUCUUAUGAAUGGGGGUCAUU